GUGAUGCCAAAGGUCACGCGUAUUUGGCGCUCUUCAUUCACGACGAGUCUGGCGCGUUUUUGAAAGCGCAAACAAACGUCAAGAAACAUGUAUUUUCAGUUCCUGCUCGGAACACUUUGGAAAAUAUCCGCGUAACGUUUUGUACUUUGCGUUCAUUAAACCCGUGGCUGACAUGUGGGAAAUGUUUGGACCACUUUUGGGAUCUGUGAGGAGCGGAGCUGCGCUGAAAGUGGCACCCAGCGAAGUCUGCUAGCUUGUUGUUUUACAGUUACAUUUGUACGUUUGGUGGCAACAAACAGCUGUUCGCCUCUCACAAUGAACUUUGCCUCUGUGGUUUAUUCAUACAAGCGGCGAAGUAUAUAAGAAAAAGGCGAGAAGACCGACAUUGGAGCAGCAGGAAUUUACCGGUUCUGCUUUAUCGGCCACUUUAAAUUAUGGCUGGUGUUGUGGCUAUGGCAUCUGUCAUUGAGGACUUUGACACCCAGCCUUGCAAGAAAUCUCGCAAAGAUGGUGGCAGUCCCGUUGUUAAGACAAUCACAAACUAUUUCUCCCCUGUGGCUAAGCCUGUGGAGAAACCUUUUUCUCCUCCUCGCUCCAACAACAUCAUGGACUACUUUAACCGGAGGGCUCCGUCCUCUAAAGAAAAGACCAGCUCACCAGAACAGUCUAAAGAGAACUGUCAGACGUCUCAGUCUGCGGAAAAACACACCAGCCCAGAGGCAGCAGUCAAACAGCCACCUCAGAAACGGGGUAGAAAGGCCAUCAGAGCUGCGAGGAAACUUGUGGAGCCUGAAACUAUUAGCCCCACAGAAGAGGUGAGCUGCCUGAUUGUAGAAGAGCCAGAUGAGAGCAAAGACUCAGCAGCAGAGGUUACCAGCAGCUGUGGUGUCCUUGGAAGUGAUACAGCAGCUCUGUUGGCCCAGCUUAGUGCUGAGGCAGGUAUGACUGCUGGAAUAUCAGAGAGGAGUGCCACUAUGACUGUCAGUGUUGAGCAGGCUGAAAAAGAUGAAGAUCAUGAAGAUGGGCCCAAAUGUGAGAGUGAUGAUAAACUUAAACCAGAGCUGAAGAACAUGCCCUCCUCUCCAAAUAUACCUGUGAGAGAUAGAGCAAAACAGGUCAAAACUGCUUCCCGAAAUUCUAGGAAGAGGCAGCAACAGGAAGCAAAGCAACCAGAACCAGAGGAGAAGGAGGCAGAGACCUCCUUGUGUGAUGUUAGCAUGGAGAUUAAUGUGGAUGAAGCGUCACCGUUAAACAACAGCACCGUCACGAUAUCCUUUGAGGAUUUUGUGCGAAGUCAGAGUCAGGAUGAGGGUGAAGAGGACAUAGGAGAGCAACAGGGCAGAGAAGAGGAAAGCAAAGUCACAACAACAUCAGUGGAAAUGGACACUAAGCGAUUGGAAAAUGUGGGUUCUGGGGAGCCAAUACUCCAAGUCUCGCCCCGAACCGUCACCAUCCAGGCUGAGGUGCAUGUAGUCUCACCCAAACAGGAAGCAGUCAAGACUGUGGGAAAGUUGGCUUCUAUCUUCAACAAGAGAAAAGGGGCUGUGAGCCCCUCAGUAUCGUCUCCUCACACAGAAGCUGGACACCAGCUUCCUUCUACCUCACUGACUGUCAAAAGGAAAUCCAAUGUGGUUCUUCAAGAGGAGGACCUAGAGCUGGCCGUGCUGGAGAGUGAAUCCAUGCCAAAGUGCAGUGAGGCAGAGAAGAAGCAGUUCAUGGCUGCCUUCAAACAGCCCAGCCUGGAUGGGUCCAAAACCAAACCAGGGAAGAGUCAGGGCAAGCAGAAGCAACCUGGAGAGAAGAAUGUAGACGCUGCGGACAAAGUUUCAGAGGAGGACGGUGUAAUUCCUCUCUCUGCUGAGGAGGUCCCUGCCGCCUCUCAGGAAAACAGUUUAGCUAAAAAGAAACCAGCAAGAAAAGGCCGAAAGAAAGCUAAAGAAGAAAAUGAGGCAGUCACUACCUCACUCGCUACUGCUCCUGAAGAAGUCACGGUUGUUGAAGCUGAUGAUAAAAAAGAGGAGCCUUCCAUCCCAGCUGUGAGGAGGUCCAGAAGAGAGGCUGUAGUCAGGCAAGCACCUGAAACCACCCCAAUAACUCCUAUCAGAAAAACCAGAACACAAAACAAGUCAAGAGAUGCUGCUGCUGCUUCUGCUUUACCUGAGAGCCCUGUAAAGAUGUCUACCCCAAAGACACGGAGGUCCAAACAUGGAGUCUUUGUAGCAGAGAUGGUCUGUCCACCUGACAUGAAAGAAAGUCCAAUCAGGAUUAAAUUUACUAGAGUCCAUAAAAAUGUUUCCACAUCAAAGGCUGAGAGUGGAAGUGGCGUCACCACCUCUGUGGCUACUAAAACAUCAAAUGAGUCCAAAAAAAGACAACAGGCAAAGAAGUUGGUGGAGAAAGCCAAGGUGAUACAACAGAGUAAGAAAAGUUCUGCAGAGGAGAAGGGCACCUUAAGGCGUUCGUCACGAAAUGAGGCCUCGAUCAAGAAGAGCUACUGUGAAAAUGAGGAUUCUGUCAUCUGCCUGGAGGAGGACCAGACUGCCACUCCUCAGACAGCACCAGAAAAGAGUAAAACCCAGAAACCUUUGCGAAGUCUAAAUGAUGUCCUGGGCAAACCUGCACCUGCUGGCAAAGACACCAAGGCUCUCCCAGGCUCCAAAGUGACCCCUCUGGGCCAAGAGAAGACCACUCGGAGGGCGUCUGCGGUGAUUUCCAUCUUUGAUGAGAGCAGCCUAGAGGGCUCUGAAAACUCCCAGGAUGAUGAGCAGUUCAGAGCACGCAGAGAGUUCUUGAAGAGUGGUCUGCCUGAAUCCUUCAGGAAGCAGAUAGCCAAGACUGCGGCCACCAAAGAGGCAUACUCCCUCUCCUGCUCCUUGUUCCAACCAGUUAUACACAUGCAGCAGCCACCAACCGAUUGCCCUCUUUGGAGGUUACCGUGGCCUGAAUCGCCGUCACUGUGUCAUCUGAAAGAGCUUUGGAGCGGAACAUCCAACACUUUCACAUCUGUUAGCGCCUCCUGUUGUUUGAAGACUGAGCCAGCCCAUAGAGCCUGUCGUGAAAGGGGUUCGGGCUGGAGACCUGAGAUCUCUGAAAGCGUUCGGCAGCUUCUCAUGGAGGAGAUCAGCGCCUCUAACCCUCCCUUCCCUGUUCAGUCGUUCAUCAGUCGCUUCCUGAAGAGACGCACCGACCACCAGCAGCACUGCACAGCCUCAGAACCAGAACCAACAGGAGUCACAGGCGCAUCAGUGCCAGCUGAACCAGUAGGAGGGAAGAGAAAGAGGACGGAUGAUGAAGGGGAAAACACAGUGAAGGUGGCUAAGAAGCAGCGGGGAAACCAUUCAGAGGAGAGCGCCUCCACACCUGAGCCAGAGCCAACAAAAAGGGGAGGCCGCGCAAGGCGAGUGCAAAGAUCCAAACUACAGGAGGAGGCAGAGGAGAAAUCCAAGCCUUCUACCAAAACCCCUCCCAUCCCGACCGAGGACGACUCUGUGGUUGUGCUGGAUGACUUGCUUUUGGGAGAAGACUCUGGGAAAAAAGAAACUGAUGUGGUGAAGGAGGACGUGUUGUGGACAGACAAAUAUCAGCCCCAGCACUCCAGUGACAUCAUCGGCAACACCGCCUCAGUUAGGAGGCUGCACAGUUGGCUGAAGGAAUGGAAACUCCGUGCAGACCGAGAAGAGAGAAAAAAGCAGAAAGACAAGAAACAAGAGGAAGGCAACAGCAACGACUCUGACUGGGACUGUGGAGAAGAGGACUCUCAGGAUGGAGAGGACAUGUUGUGUAAUACAGUGCUGAUUACAGGACCCACUGGAGUAGGAAAGACUGCUGCUGUCUAUGCUUGUGCCCAAGAACUGGGCUUCAAGGUAUUUGAGGUGAACGCUUCAUCUCAGCGGAGUGGCCGUCUUAUCCUGUCCCAGCUGAGGGAAGCUACCCAGUCACACCAGGUGGACAGUCAGGGGGUCAACGCCCACAAGCCCACCUACUUCAACAGCUACGGUACAAGCAGCAGCGCCGGCACCAUCAGGCCCGGAUCCUCUCCCAGAAAGAUAAACUCUCCUCGCAGGGUGGUUUCCUCUCCCAGGAAACAUCCCCAGUCACCAAGAGGUGCUAAAAAAGGAGGUCUGGCUCCCACUUCUUUAGCUAACUUCUUCAAAAUGGGUCGACCUUCCAACAGGGAGCCACCCAACAUUAAGAAGAAUGAACAAACAGCUGCUUCCAAAAAAGUCAUGAAAGCAAAUAACGAGGGAGCCAAUAAGCAUAAAGACCUUGCAGUCAAAUCACCAACAGCUACCACCCCUAACGAGAAGAGCGGUGAUGAACAGAGCAAGAAGACGGCCACUUCACUCAUCCUGUUUGAAGAAGUGGAUGUUAUUUUUGACGAUGACUCUGGGUUUCUAGCUGCCAUCAAGACAUUCAUGACCACUACGAAGAGGCCAGUCAUCCUCACUACCAGCGAUCCGGCCUUCAGCACCAUGUUUGAUGGCAACUUUGAAGAGAUUCACUUCAAAACGCCAUCAGUGGGAAACGUGGGCAGCUACCUGCAGCUGCUGUGUCUGGCCGAGGACAUGAGGACAGACCCAUCGGACGUCAGCUCUCUGCUCAGACUCAACGGCUGCGACAUCAGGCAGAGUUUACUGCAGCUGCAGUUCUGGUCUCGCAGUGCUGGGGGCCACCAUAUAACCAGGCCACUGACGCACACCGGCAAAAAUGCUGAACUAAAGCCAGAGACUGAUGGAGAAGCAGCAGACAUGUCUGUGUGUGCAGUCCCGUCUACCAUCCCUCCUUGUGACACUGGCUGCACCGAGAGCCAGCUGGGCCUGAAUACUGAACCUGAGAGAGACAUCUGGGAACUGCUCAGGAGCCAGAGUCUGGCGGAUGAGGUGGUUUGCUGGGAGAUUCUGGCAGCCAGCAGGCGGCGAGGAGCGGACCUACUUUAUUCCAACAUGGAGAUUCUCUUACCUCUACCACACACACAGUUGACUACCUCUACGCGCAAACCAGACCAAUCUGCUCCUGAAUCACAAGACCAUCCCUCUGUUAAUCCCAAAGAGCAGCCGUCAUCCACCUGCCUGCAGUCUGACACGCCACCGUGUCAGGCCAGGUUACAGAGCACAGCAGAGUCAGCUGAUUGUUCAGACGAUGGCAGCCCAGUUAAAGUUUCCACCAGAAUGAAGAAGAACAAGAGGAGGCACUGUCUACCUAAGCAAGAUGGACUGCACUCUGACUCAGACUCAGAGGACGGGUUUCUGUCUCUUUGUAAGCCGCAGGGUGCUCCUCAGGCAAAGGAGGAAGUCAAAGAGCGAUUAGUCUCGGAAAUAGUGAAACGGAAGCCACUGACACCCGAGGAGCGGCUAAAAAGCCUCCCAGUCUCACAGUGUCUGGAAUCAAUUGCGGAUUUUUUUGACAAUAUGUCCUACACGGACUCCUCCCUGCUCGUUCACCCGGACGUGGGUGACAUCUGCAGAAGAACGUCGCCAGUCGGUGCAGUGGUGAAAGACGGAAUGACGGAUGAGUCGAGGAUUGAGACAGGACAGAGGAAGUUGGCGAGGGGAGAGCGCGUCCUGGAGAUCCAGGCCGCCGUGGAGGCUCUGAGCUUCCACAAAUGUCGGGGGUUGGUAGCAGAGGCCUGGGACAAAGCCCGACAACUGGAAGGGGAGCUGGGAAAAGAGGCUGCAGCAGAGCUCACCCUCCCCGUGGCUCCUCAUCGAGAAGGUUAUAGCUUCAGUCAGGACGGCCCCUGUCAACCACACCUGGUCCAGGGGAGGAGAGAAGUGAUGGAGAGUCUGAUGUUGAGAGGAGUGGUUGGUACUUUGGGGAACAGACCAGCAGCUGCUCUCGACUACUUGCCAGCCCUGCGCACUAUCUGCAGAUCAGAGCAGCUUAAGGAGCAGGGCAAGGUUAAACGAAGGUUUCUGCACUAUCUAGAUGCAAUCCACCUUGGUCUUCAAAAGAGCACUCUUCAACACCUUGCUGAAGAUUUCCCCUAAACCACAGAGAAAACCCUACGUGUCCUCAUGCUCACUCAGAGGCUUUAAAUAAAUACUCACUUUUAAGGCUCAUAAGUUGCAAGUGCAGUGACAUCAGGAGAACAAGGGUGGAGAGUCUGGCAACAGAAACCAGUGUUGCCUUUGAUGUUUCAAGACCCUGACCUCUGCAUGAGAUGAGGUAGUUAGAUGGUAAGAGGUGUGUGUGUAUGUAUGUGUGUGUGUGUGUGUGUGUGUGUGUGUGUGUGUGUGUGUGUGUGUGUGUGUGCGCACACUAAAGACUGUCUGGUAGAAGUUUCCACGUUAUUUCCUCCAAGAUGGAAAUGACUGAACACAGGCGUUCAGCUAAAUAACCUCACAUGUUGUCUGAUUCAGCACAUCUUAUGGUGCUUUCAAAAAAUGCACUAAAUAUUACUACUUUAUAGGAAUUUUGUGAUAUUAAGCAGUGCCGGUGUGUGCGUGUUUUGUUUUUGUACAGUAGUGUUUUGUAGCCUCAUUUAUAAUUUUACUUUGCACCUUGCAAAGUCUUUUUUAUCAAGUAGAAAUUGCUUUUGAGGAGCAAGUGUGAAUGAUUGAAAAUGUGUAACAUUAACAUGUAAAAUAGAAAUUGCUUCUGACUCUGCAGAGGCUGUGUGUAAAUUGUCUCCACACAAAGUACUGUCGACGCACUCAGGAUUUUGGUUCUGUUCAAGUUCAUGAAGAGCAGCUUUUUACAGAAACUUCAGCUAUAUUAUUCACCUUCACAUUCGUCACAGUGAUUUUUUUUUUUUAGAGCAUUUUUUUCUCUUAAAUCUGUACACAGUAUCCACAAUGGGUUUUUGUUAUGACCAAAUAAAGGUUUUCCACAACAAAA